UUCGCUGUGGUGCGCGCCGGAGCCGCACACGUGUCUGCCAGAGUCUGGGGCUUGAGUUGCCCUCCCACCCCACUUCCCGCCGGUUCCUGACGCUCCGGAGAUUUCGGGGUGCACUCUCCCGGCUGGGGUGAGCGGCGUCCGUUUAGAUCCCUGCGCUGAGUGAGCCCGGCUAACUUGGUGGAACAACUUUGGUCCCGGGAGCCGGCGCAGGGGCCCGGGGCACUGCGCAUGCGGAGCUCCAAAUUCAAACAGCUGUUUGCAGAAGCCGCUGAGCGGGCAGACCCGGAGCGGCGGCCGGGGCCGGGACCGGGGCCGGCGGCGCGGGUGGAAGCGGCCGCUCGGGAGCCAUGGUGGACCGGGGCCCUCUGCUCACCUCGGCCAUCAUCUUCUACCUGGCCAUCGGGGCGGCGAUCUUCGAGGUGCUGGAGGAGCCGCACUGGAAGGAGGCCAAGAAGACGUACUACACGGAGAGGGUGCGUCUGCUCAAGGAGUUCCCGUGCCUAGGCCAGGAGGGCCUGGACAAGAUCCUGCAGGUAGUGUCGGAAGCUGCAGGACAGGGCGUGGCUAUCACAGGAAAUCAGACCUUCAACAACUGGAACUGGCCUAAUGCGAUGAUCUUUGCAGCCACAGUCAUCACCACUAUUGGCUAUGGCAAUGUGGCUCCCAAAACUUCAACUGGACGCCUCUUCUGCGUCUUCUAUGGUCUCUUCGGGGUGCCACUGUGCCUGACAUGGAUCAGUGCCCUGGGCAAAUUCUUCGGGGGACGUGCCAAGAGGCUGGGCCAGUUCCUGACCAGAAGAGGAGUAAGCUUGCGGAAGGCCCAGAUCACGUGCACGGCCAUCUUCAUUGUGUGGGGCGUCCUGGUCCACCUGGUGAUCCCACCCUUCGUGUUCAUGGUGACCGAGGAGUGGAAGUACAUCGAGGGCCUCUACUACUCCUUCAUCACCAUCUCCACCAUCGGCUUCGGGGACUUCGUGGCUGGUGUGAACCCCAGCGCCAACUACCACGCCCUGUACCGCUACUUCGUGGAGCUGUGGAUCUACCUGGGCCUGGCCUGGCUGUCCCUGUUUGUCAACUGGAAGGUGAGCAUGUUCGUGGAGGUCCACAAAGCCAUCAAGAAGCGGCGGCGGCGGCGGAAGGAGUCCUUCGAGAGCUCCCCGCACCCGCGCAAGGCCCUGCAGAUGGCGGGCGGUACCUCCGCCCGUGCCAAGGACAUCAACAUCUUCAGCUUCCUGUCCAAGAAGGAGGAGACGUACAACGACCUCAUCAAGCAGAUCGGAAAGAAGGCCAUGAAGACGAGUGGGAGUGGGGACAGGGCCACGGGGCCGGGGCCUGGGCUGGGGCUGCAGGCAGGAGAGCUGGCGGGGGUCCCCGCAUCCCUGGUGCCUCUGGUGGUCUACUCCAAGAACCGGGUGCCCAGCCUGGAGGAGGUUUCCCAGACGCUGAGGAGCAAGGGUCAUGUGUCCCGGCCCCCCGGAGAGGAGGAAGGGCCCCCGGCCCCCACAGCGGACGACAAUGACGACUCCCCCAGCUCGGAGGUGUUCGUUAAUCACCUGGACCGCAUCAGCGAGGAGGGCGAGCCGUGGGAGACGCUGGACUACCAGCCUCUCAUCUUCCAGAACGCCAGCAUCGCCUUUGCCAAUGAGGAGGCUGGCCUCUCCGACGAGGACACCUCUAAGUCCUCCCUGGAGGACAACCUGGUGGGGGAAGAGCAGCCCCCGGAGGGGCCCGCAGCCGAGGCGCCCCUCACCCCCGGCGAGUUCCCCUCGUCCGACGAGUCCACCUUCACCAGCACCGAGUCGGAGCUCUCCGUGCCUUACGAGCAACUGCUGAACGAAUACAACAAGGCAGAUGGCCCCAGAGGCACGUGAUAGGGGGCUGGCCCCCCGCCCCGCCGCCCGGGCCGCGCCCCUCACCUCGGGUGUCCUGUGAUGGCCAGGGCCCCUGGUAGGGGACAGUCCUGGAAGUGGAAGUGGGGGGCCAAGGGCCUGCCUUUUCCUUCCUCCCCUCCGCUAGCUGCUCUGCGCAGGCUCAGGCCCGCCCUCUGCUCUCCACUUGAGCAGCUGGCCUGAGCCUGGCUGGCAAAACUGAUUGGAGUCUCCUGGGGCUGACAGCCCCGGCCCUGGAGGCCCAUGCCGACCCGGCUUCCCCAUCACUGACUUGGUUGAAUGUCACACGGUUCCCCGGUCCCAGGGGGAGGGAGGGAAGUGGGGGGGGGGCGGCACGGUGGGAUCAGCUGUUGGAGUUCACCAGUGUUAAAUGAGCAUUGUCUUUGUGCCUAACCCCCCCCCCCCGCAUUCCUCAGUGAGGAUGCAGGGCAUGUGCGAUCCAGGCUUAGUCUUGAGGACCCCAGAAGUGUUGAGAAGUGCAACAUGAUUGUGGCUGGUGCAUCUGAGGGCCUUCCUCCCAUCCCCAGGCGAGCAAAGUGCGCGUGUCAGGCCCUGCUGCAGACCUCCGUGGGUCAGAGAGGCUGCUGAGGGAGGACAGGGAGGAGGUGGCCAACAAGAGCUCCCCCAAGCCAAGGCCUUCCCACAGCCACGUCCCGUCCCACACUCUCUCUGACCAAGCAAAUGAUGGACGCCAGGCGCUCUGUGCCCCGGGAAUGUAGGGGAGAUGGUAGCGGGCGCGGGCUGGGGAAGCCGGGACUCCUGAAGCAGCCAGAGCGCUGGAGCCAAAGUCUAGCUCCGGUGACUUCUGCCUUCACCCCUCCAGCGUCCCCUCCCCAGUGGAAAUGCAUACCCCAGUCCUGGACGUGUACCCACGCUCCCCGCCCCUCCCCCCGACGCUCCUCCCCCACCUCAGGCCAAACUGUUCUUGGCUCAUGGAUGGAAACUGGCCAAAAAACAACAAAUGUGAAUAGAACUCCUCCCCUGUGGCGUGCGGGUGCGUGCUUGUGUGUGUGUGUGUAUGUGUAAGAAAGACACGUGUUGGGGCUGGAGAGCCAAGAAAAUGUGAAACUGUCCGCCAACUCUCCGCCGGCAAGGGGUGCGUCGAACUCGCUGCUGCUGACAUUCUAGGGUUUCAACCACGCUCCCCUUCGGGCCAGCCCCCCCUCUUCCCCCCAUGUUUUUGCCUUUUUUUUUUUAAAUGAACUGCUGUUCUUCGGUUCAUGUUUUGAUACCUACAACCUGCUAUUGGCUUCCUAGCCAUGGGGAGUGGGCAGGGGACCCCAGCAUCGGGACGUCUACCCCCCCAGACUCAACGAGGACAUUCUUGACAGCCGACUGUGCUGUUGACUGCCAGGAUAUCACGGUGGCCGGCGGGUGGCCAGGGUGGGGAGGGGCGCUGCGUGGCAUGGAGGCCCACGCUGAGCCCCUCUCUCCCAGGUACCCCUAGCCUGUGCCCCUCUGGUGUGGGGCCAGACCCUGCACAUGUGUGCACACAGCCCAGAGCUGGCCUCUCUUAUCGUCUCAAAUGGUUAUGGGGACUGGCCGUCAGCCUAGGGGUGUGAAGAGCAGUCUGGAACUUCUGUGAGAGAUGUCAGGAUUUCCUCUUGUAGCUGGCCAGCCCCAAGAGUCACACUGUGUGUACGUAACGGCAAUGGCGGCAAAUGUAAUUUAUUUUAAACCUGUUCUUCUUUUUUCUUUCUUCUUUUUUUUUUUUUUUAGAAUAAAACAUGUG